GAGCGCUUGUACCUACGGUUCGCAGCGUCGUUGCGUCUUCGUAAUCUCGUACACGAAACACAAACUUGUGAUGAUUCAAUAAGACUUGUGUAUUUUAAGUGAACCAAAAACAAAAAAAGACUGUGCAAAAUGAUCUGGCUUGUGAUCAGUGCGCUUAUUGUGGCUGUGACAUCGAGGAGUUUGACCAGCUAUGAGAUCACCCCGCGUGGCUGCAAGUGGAAGAUGCUGGACACGGAAGCUGGCGAAGAACCGGUGCUCUAUUGUGAAUUGAGGAAAAUCGAAAACGCCGAAUCGCUCCUAGGAAAUCUGACCCAGACACAAGCGGAUCGCGUGACCGUUCUCGAGUUGAACUGUAGUGAUAAGUUGUUUUUCGAAAGUUCCCUGGACGGCUUCAAACACAACAGCUUCUUAUCAAACUUACGGCGACUUGUCGACUUAAAAGUCGAGAACUGCAAGAUACGCAAUAUCCCGAAGGCUGUCCUCGCUCCGCUCAGACAUUUGAGAAGGUUGUCGUUGCGUACACACAAUUCGGAUUGGUCUGCCAUGUCGUUGGAGCUGAACGCCGAAAGUUUCCGCGGCAUGGGCGAACUUCGUAGCUUGGAUCUCGGCGACAACAAUAUAUGGAGUACGCCCGCGGACUUGUUCUGUCCCCUUUACAGUCUGACACAUUUGAAUCUAACUCGCAAUAAACUUCAGGACAUUUUGUCAUUGGGCUUCUCCGAUUGGGGAGACGGUCCCCUUGCCCCCGGUCGUGCCUGCGUCAACGGAUUAGAAGUGCUCGAUAUGUCACACAACGAUAUCAUAUCAUUAAAUGACAACGGCUUAUCCGGACUGCGAGCUUUGGAAGAACUGCAUCUGGAAGAUAAUGCCAUUUCCACGCUCGGCGAUCGUGCAUUCGUCGGACUCAAUGCAUUAAAAACUUUGAAUCUGUCGAGUAACAUGCUCGUUGCUCUUCCCCCUGAUUUAUUUCAAUCCUCCCGGGAUCUACAACACCUUUACUUGCACAACAACUCCUUGAGUGUGCUCGCCCCGGGACUGUUGGAGGGUCUGGAUCAGUUGCAAGUUCUUGACUUGUCGCGAAACGAGCUGUCAAGUCGUUGGGUCAACAGAGACACAUUUUCCGGUCUCGUGCGACUGGUCGUUCUCAAUUUGGCACACAACCAACUCAACCGAAUUGAUGCCAAUCUUUUCCGCGAUCUAUACACCCUGCAAAUAUUAAAUCUCGAACACAACGUCAUUAAUUUCAUCGCCGAGGGAGCUUUCAUGGAAUUAAAAAACCUCCACGCCCUGACACUCUCUCACAACCGGAUCUCCAGCAUCGAGUCUUACCAUUUCAGCGGUAUGUACGCUCUUAAUCAACUGUUACUGGAUCAAAACAAUAUCGAGACUAUCGACCCGAAGGCGUUUCAAAACGUGACAAAUUUACAAGACCUAGGCCUCAAUGGGAAUUUAUUAGGCGGUGUACCCGCAGGUAUAGGCAGUUUGAGAGUUUUAAAAACCUUAGAUCUGGGUAAAAACCGCAUCGAAUCCGUAACCAAUUCGUCGUUCGAAGGACUGGACCUGCUUUAUGGUUUGCGAUUAGUGGACAAUCACAUCGUAAAUAUUUCACGGGAUGCUUUCUCCACGCUUCCGUCACUGCAAGUGUUGAAUUUAGCAUCGAAUAAAAUUAAAUACGUGGAACAGAGUGCAUUCGCAAGUAACCCGACCCUCAAGGCUAUCCGACUGGACGCUAAUGAGCUGACGGACAUAAGUGGCGUAUUUACCAACUUGCAAAGUUUAGUGUGGUUGAACGUCUCCGCAAACAACUUGCUAUGGUUCGACUUCAGUCACUUACCUGCCAGCUUGGAGUGGUUGGAUAUGCACCACAAUAAAAUACCGGAAUUGGGCAACUACUACGACGUGAGGAACACACUCAACAUCAAAAUGCUCGACGUAAGUUUCAAUUUAAUCACACAAAUCCAAGAAAACUCCAUCCCCGACAGCAUUGAAACAUUGUACUUGAACAACAACAAAAUCACAACGGUCCAACCUGGCACCUUUUUGCAAAAACCUAAUCUCGAGAAAGUAGUUUUAUACGGGAAUAAAAUCAAAUAUCUGGAUGAAGCCGCACUCAGACUUAGCGCCGAGCCGAGUGAUAAAGAGUUACCGCAGUUUUAUAUCGGAGAUAAUCCGUUUUACUGCGACUGUAAAAUGGAAUGGCUCUUAAGAAUCAAUCAACUCAAUCAGUUUUCUCCUGUAAAAUAUCCACAGGUACUAGACUUGGACAGUGUAACCUGCGAAUUGGCACAUGCCAGAGGAUCCCCGCCGCAGCCACUGUUGAGUCUGAAGCCAUCAAACUUUUUAUGUCCCUACGAGGCGCACUGUUUCGCUUUAUGUCAGUGUUGCGAUUACGACGCCUGCGAUUGCGAAAUGACCUGCCCGACCAACUGCACUUGUUACCACGAUCACACUUGGUCUUCGAACGUUGUCGAUUGCAGCAACGCAGGAUACACCAGCGUGCCGGAGCGAAUUCCCAUGGAUGCCACCGAAAUCUACCUGGACGGCAACGACUUGGGCGAGCUCGAUAGUCACGUAUUCAUCGGCAAGAAAAAGCUCGAAGUUCUGUUCUUGAACAACAGCAACAUAAAAGCUGUGCACAACAGAACGUUUAACGGCGUCAAAUCGUUGAAAGUCUUGCACUUGGAAAACAACCAUUUGGAACAACUGCGCGGAUUCGAGUUCGAUCAGUUGGAGAAGCUGAACGAAAUUUAUUUGGAUCACAACAACAUCGAUCAAGUCAGCAAUCAGACGUUCAAGAAGAUGCGUCGAUUAAAAGUGCUGAAAUUGGACGAGAACAAAAUAAUAAAUCUGAAACCGUGGCAGUUGACUGAAAGCGAGGAAUCGGGCUCGCAGCCGAACGUGACUUUGGACGGCAACAAGUGGUCGUGUGAUUGCGGUUCCCUUGACCGGCUGCAGGCUUGGAUACGGAAAAACGGCGGCGAUCCCACGAAAAUGCUGUGCGCGGAUAGUGACGAAACCGUUGCUGAUGUAAUCAACCGGUGUGAUAUGACGGACAAUGCCAUCGCCACCUCAGUUGUGCAGCGGGAAAUUUUAAAGAACAAUCCCAUGUUGGGCGGCAGUUACGUGCCCCUCCUCGCCGCCACCCUCGUCGCCGUCAUCAUUGUCUGUUUAUUGGCCGCGAUCGUGUUCGUGUACAGACAGGACGUGCGAUUAUGGGCGCAUUCUAAGUACGGCAUCCGCAUAUUCCAAGACGCCGCGACGGCCCACGACAACAACGACGACCGGGACCGUCUCUACGACUGCUACAUGGUCUACAGUCACAAGGACGAGGAUCUGGCUUCCAGAGUCAUCGCCCCGGAAUUGGAACAAUUCGGCCACACUCUGUGUCUGCACUACAGAGAUCUCCAUUUAAUGGGUGGCGCCUCGUACCUGGCAGACGCAAUGAUGGGCGCCGCCGACGCGUCGCGACGCGUCGUCUUCAUAGUCUCCCCGGGGCUUAUAUGCAACGAAUGGUCCAGACCCGACUUCAGAGCCGCACUCCAGACCGCCCUGCGCUCAGCCCACAGACACAAGCUGGUUUGUGUGCUGAACGGGGACCCGUUGGAGCCGAUGGAUCCUGAAUUGAGGGCAUUGCUGCGUGCGUGUACCGUGACGAGAUAUGGCGAACGUCGCUUCUGGGAGAAGCUACGCUACGCCAUGCCGGACGUAAUAAAUAAUCAGUCGACGAGACGCAGCAAGAAACAACAGGCGGAGAUCCGGUGCAAAACCAACGCAAGAUAUACGGCGGCGCCGACGGCUCCGGACUCCUGGUACAAAUACUCGGCCAUGCCUGGAGUCCAUGCCGCUGCUCUAACACCCACACCCACCCAGAGUACGUACGUGUCCGGAGAGUCCGCCAGGAGUACCGAAGAUGAGGCUGGCUCGAGCGCCAGCAGUCAGCAUUACGGAUCCGAUCAGCUGAACCAUAGUUACGUGUCCAUUGACGGGAGGCCACCACAAUAUUCUCAAUUUCCUCCCUGCAGGGCCGACCUUCCGCAUCACGUUUACUCCACCAUUCCAGAUACACAACCGCAGACUAGAACUUACUUUGUAUAAUUGUGAGUUACUUAAGGAAAUUUUAAAGGCUGUUUUACUUAUAAAUCUAUUUAAAUUAAUUAAAUAUUUGAAUGUCACUAGGUAUAAUUAUCAUGACUUAUUAUUACCGUGUAAUAUUUAUUCUAUUCAUUCAUUUAUGCUGUAUAUAAUUUGUAUAUAAAAACGAAUAUUUAUUUAUACUGUAUGUACAUGUAGUACUACUUACUGAACGCUUAUUAGUCAUUAAUUUCUAAGUACUGUAUAUAUUUAGCUUAAUUUAUGAAUAUUUAAGACUGUUAUAAUUAUGUACAUUACAUUUAUUCUAAAAUUAUAAUAAACG